AUGGAGAAAUACGAUGCUAAAAAAGAUGCAACAAAGAGCGGUGGUAGUGCCGAAACUAUAGAGAGCCGGGUUGAGCAAAAAAGACCACGGAUUGAACUUGAUAUGAGAGAUAUAGUUGCUGAUCCAGGACAAAGGAAGCUAAUUGAUGAUUUUCAUCAUGACAUUAGGGAUGAGGCAAGGAGAGCAUAUCUACAAAUAGGUCCAUAUAGGCCAGCUGGUCAUAAGUUUCCAAAAACGAAAAAAGAUGGUAAAGGCCAAUCAAGAGGAUUUAUUGGAUCAUGGUUUGAUCAAUUUGAUUGGUUAGAGUACAGUGUAGCCAAGGAUGCAGCUUAUUGCUUUUAUUGCUAUCUCUUUAAGCCACAACAAGCUGGGUUUCAUUCUAAUGAUACAUUUACCAAAGUUGGGUUUAGAAAUUGGAAGAAUGCAAAAAAUUGUUUCAAGGAGCAUGCUCAAUCAAUUGAUGGCUUUCAUAAUAAUGCAAGAAAGCGUGCACUUGAUUUCAAAAAUCAGAGGCAAAGUGUUGAACAUGUGUGGACUGUUACAAGUGCAGCAGAAGAGGAGGCAUAUAAAGCUCGUUUAAGUAUCAUGUUAGGCAUUGCUAGAUUUCUCCUUUUGCAAGCUCUAGCCUUUCGUGGACAUGAUGAGUCUAAAACAUCAAGAAAUAAAGGGAACUUUAUGGAGAUGCUCGAAUGGUACAGAAAGAAGGAUCCUAAGGCUGCACUUGUGACUGGUGAAAAUGCUCCAGGGAAUAAUCAAAUGAGUAGUCCAAUGAUUCAGAAAGAUUUGGCUAGGGCUUGUGCAGAGGAGACAAGUGAGCUAAUUAAAAGUGAAAUAGGAGAUCGUUGUUUUGCGGUUCUUGUCGACGAGGCUCGUGAUGCAUCUGUUAAGGAACAAAUGGCUGUGGUUGUGAGGUUUGUCAAUGAUAAAGGAAGUGUGAUUGAGAGGUUUCUUGGCAUUGAACAUGUUUCUGACACCACAUCAACUUCACUAAAAGAAGCAUUGGACACUAUGCUUAGAAGAUAUGGUCUAUCUAUUUCCAAGAUUAGAGGGCAAGAAUAUGAUGGAGCUUCAAAUAUGAGAGGACAAUUUCAUGGGUUACAAAGACUGGUAUUGAACGAAAACCCAUAUGCCUUUUACAUCCAUUGUUUUGCUCAUCAAUUGCAGCUUGUGGUAGUUUCUGUAGCCAAGUGUUGUGGCUCAACUUUUGAUUUCUUCAAUUAUGUCACUUCAAUCGUCAAUGUUGUUAGUGCUUCUUGCAAGAGGAAAGAUCAACUCCUUCAAAGUCAUCAUGAUAAGCUUGUUGAGCAGUUAGAUAGUAGUGCUAUUUUUUCUGGGAGAGGGAAAAACCAAGAAACUAGUCUUGCUAGGCCUGGUGAUACACGGUGGGGUACACAUCACAAAACAUUGGCACGUCUUAUGAUCAUGUGGUCCUCUGUACUGGAGGUGUUGGAAAAUAUUAGUGAAGAUGGAACUGAUGGGGAAAAAAAACUACAGUCUCUGGAUUGA